AUGAUGCCAAGGCAUCACAAGAGCGGCUUUGCCAACGGCUUGCCGCACGGGAACACAUUUGACAUCUCUCCCCACAGGUUUCAACCUCGAAGCUCGGCACCCGGAACUCGACGUCGAAGAAAAACUCUGUUCCGCCUCGGCAUAAUUGUGGUGUUGGUUGUCCUCGCCGGUGUGUGGUUGUGGCCUUCCCAUCCCGUUUUCUCUAUUCUGUCCUUUGGCCUCCUGACCUCGUCGGUCGAUCUCGAACUGGAAACGGUCCGGUACUACGAUCUAUCCAAUGUGCAAGGGACUGCUCGUGGCUGGGAGCGUGAGGAGCGCAUCCUGCUUUGCGUACCCCUCCGCGAUGCCGAGCCGCAUCUGGCCAUGUUCUUCUCACACCUGCGCAAUUUCACCUACCCCCAUCAUCUCAUCGACCUUGCAUUUCUCGUAUCAGAUUCCAAGGACCGAACGCUUCAGCUGUUGGUCGAGAAUCUAGAGGUGAUCCAGGCAGACGAAGACGCGAAGUUACCCUAUGGCGAAAUCUCCAUCAUCGAGAAGGAUUUCGGGCAAAAGGUCAACCAAGACGUGGAGAGCCGUCACGGAUUUGCAGCGCAGGCGAGCCGCAGAAAGUUGAUGGCGCAAGCUCGGAACUGGCUCCUGAGUGCAGCACUCAGACCCUAUCAUUCCUGGGUCUACUGGCGCGAUGUCGACGUUGAGACGGCCCCCUUCACCAUUCUUGAAGAUCUGAUGCGCCACAACAAGGAUGUCAUCGUUCCGAAUGUUUGGCGGCCCCUACCGGACUGGCUAGGCGGUGAGCAGCCCUACGACUUGAACUCGUGGCAAGAAUCAGAGACAGCACUCGCACUGGCCGACACGCUCGAUGAAGAUGCCGUCAUUGUCGAAGGCUACGCAGAGUACGCCACAUGGAGACCGCACCUGGCAUACCUUCGCGAUCCUUUCGGAGAUCCAGACAUGGAAAUGGAAAUUGACGGCGUCGGAGGUGUCAGCAUUCUGGCGAAGGCCAAGGUCUUCCGCAGCGGCGUACACUUUCCCGCAUUCAGCUUCCAGAAACAUGCCGAAACGGAGGGUUUCGGCAAGAUGGCGAGGCGGAUGGAUUACUCGGUGGUUGGUUUGCCCCACUACGUCAUUUGGCAUCUAUACGAGCCCAGCGUAGACGACAUUAGACACAUGGAGGAAAUGGAGCAGGAGCGGAUUGCGCGUGAGAAGGAAGAGCAAGAGAAGAAGGAGAAGGAGAAGAAGAUCAAGGAAGAGUUUGGAGAUGCCAAUCCCCAGUGGGAGAAAGACAAACAGGACUUGCAGUCGCAGAAGAAGAAGCAGGAUGCCGAUUCCCUCGGCAAAGGAGCGGCAGCCAAAGCAGCUGGGGCGGCAGCCGGAGGUGAUAAGCCUGCCGCCGGAGCCGCCGCAAAGGCCGCUGCGAAGGCUGCUGCGAAGGCUGCUGCGAAGGCCGGUGCUAAGCCCGCCGCCGGAGCGGCUGCUAAGGCCGCUGCCAAGGCUGGUGCUAAGCCCGCCGCCGGAGCGGCUGCUAAGGCCGCUGCCAAGGCCGCUGCUUGA